AUGGAGGUAACUCGAGGAAACCCAACCUCAUUCCUGACAGGCAAGUCCGUUCACAAUCAACGCAUCGAACGCCUCUGGAAGGACGUGCAAAGAAAUGUCGGUAGAAUAUUUUGCGCCAGCUGGCGCGCGCUGGAACAUAACGGAGAUUUAUCCCAUGAUGACGAGUUGCAGAUGUGGUGUUUGCACUACAUAUACCUGCUCCUCAUUCAAAUGUACUCGUACGAGUUCGUAGGGAAAUGGAAUCACCAUAGUAUCAAGGGUCCCUAUACAAACAACCGAACCCCGCGACAGCUCUGGAUUGAGGGGAUGGAAUUGAAAAGGUUGAGCGGAGAUGCCUCUCUCGACACCGAUGUAUUGCAUGUUGCCAAUGAACUCCAA